AUGCGAUGCGCGAGCAAGGCCGCCGAGAGCGCGUCUGCACGUCUCUGUGCGGACGCCGAAGCAGAAACUACAGCAACUGAUAUCCCAUCGGUUGCUGAAUCGACUCAGCCUGUAUCACCUGGUGAUGCAGGCGCUGGUCAUGAAGACACUCGUGUCUUCACAGAGUACGAGCUCGGUGUCUCGCACUCUCCUGAUACGGAUGACGGAUCCGUAUCGACGGCAAUUGAAUCCAAGCCGCCUGCCAAGCGUGGCAUGGACGAUGCUUUGCGUCGCAGCAUCUUUGGUUCAUCUGAUGAGUCAGAUGAACCAUCGCCGAAGCGAAGGCGCUCGAGGUCGCGAGACUCGGGCGCCAAUAGUGGUGUCGUUUCUCCAAUGGACACCACUUCACAGCGAGGUGCCAGUACUUCUGAUUCAUCACUUGACCCCAGCGCGAAAGACUAUCGCGCUGAACAUGAGUUCUUCAUCGAUGCUUUCUUCAGACAUCGAUGGUACAGUGGGAAUCACAAACGUGAUGGUCCCUCACUACUUCAGGCGUGGAACGCCUACAUCCAUAAUCUCGAGGAUGUAGGUCGUGACGCUUGGAACGACAAACUUAUCAAAGCUCGUGAUAAGUUUGAAAAGCGAACCCCGACAGGUGCACGCUACAAGCUGCAUCGUCUGUCAAGGGAGAAAGGAUUACCCUGCCUCUCUUGGGGAGACUCGUGCCCAUGUUGUGUGAACAACUCUGCACGAGCACCUAAGGAGGCUUACCUCCUUACCAGCCCGUGGUGGCGCGUACGUGUCUCUACUGAGAUGUACGAAGGGAUUGACAACCUGAAAUCCCUUUACGACCGUGCCGGGAAGACUUUCUCCGGCGGUCCUUCUGCGGCACAGGAUGUGUCGCGUCGUACUGCUCGACCAGACCCAGUACGUCAACCAUCAAUUGGGAGCGGGGCUCCCAAGAAUCCCAGGACGGGGGAUAGCCUGCGCCACCGGACGAGGUAA